GCAGCGGCGGGCGGGGGACGGGCCGGGCCAGUGGGAGCGGCCCGCCGAGGGACGCGGCGGUCCCGCACCGCGCCCGAGGUGGCUGGAGGCGGGGGCGCCCGCAGGGCGCGGCCGCCUGCGUGGGCGAGGCCGCUGGGGCGAGAGGCUCCUCCGGUGCCACUGCGGAGCCCGCCGGCCUCCUCGCGGUAUAAAAAAUAAAUAACAAAUAAAAAUGAGUGAACUGGACCAUGGAAUGUUCUUUACAACUCAAAGGAUUAGUGAUGUAGAAAAUCUGGUGUUUCCUAUGAGGAAUGGUCUUUGCAGCCAGAAGUAUAAACCUGUUGACUACAAACAUCUACAUGAACUUGCUGCAGAAGAAAAGCUGACAUCUGCAAAAAUUCAAUUAAAGAUUAAAAAAAUUGAGCAAGUUUCAAAAAUUAACAAAGAGCAAAUGCUACUGAAACAGCAUCGGCAAGUAUGGUGGCAAGAGCAUAAAAGGCUGAGUGAGAACAGGCAAAAAGCAGAAGCAGAAAUGAAGACUUUUCUUGAUGAGGAAAGCCAUAAGCACAACUUUUUUUUGGAUAUGAGGGACUUGGAACAUAAAUUAUCGAAGGAGCGGGAUACAUACCAAAGAGAUACUGUAGUUCCUGUCUGGCAACUAAAAGAGCGUUUGAAAUUCAGGCUGUCUGAAGUGCAGCGUUACCUCUCAGAAGAAUCUUGUCUGAAAUCUAAGAUCGAUCCGGUUGAGGUGUUACAGCAGAUCAAAUUUGUGAAGAAGCAACAGAAGGCAAUUUUGGAAUUCCUUAUCCUUGAAAGUCUGGCUUUGGAAAAAGAGCUUGAAGACUAUAUAACAAAAGUAUUAGUGCAUUCUUUUGAAGAGGAAGAAGGACUUUUCCUUGAAGUUCCUUCAGCACUACUGUCUCUGGAAUGCCCCUACCCUGAUUUGAAGGCCUUAGUUAUUAAUGAAUACCGAAAGCUUGCAAGUGGGUACUGGUCUAAGCUUCAAGAGAUUGAUCAACAGUUAAAAGUUUUAUAUAGGAACACUGAAUGGACAGAAGAAGUUCAGUGGGUUUUUCAGACUGUUAUCAAUCAGUAUCCAGGCAAUCUCCAGAAUAGGAGGACUUUGUACCUGGAUGUGCUGCAGAGAUACCUUCCUCACAAAUCCAGGCAUGAGCUGGUUGCUCAUGAGAAAGCUUGGGAUCAUUACCAUUUCAUUAGGAAUCAGCGCAGAGUCUUGAUAUUAAAUUGGGCUCAGGCUAGGAAAGCCUUUUUGCUUAAGGCAGUGACGACUGUUGCUGAAGCCUGUGCUGCUCGUGAGGCAGAAGUAACGUUGGCUAAUACCAGGCAAAAGCAACAAGAGAUUUGUGCUGAUCUGAAAGCAAAGGUUCUCCAGUGGAAAGCCCAGGAGGAAGAGGCUACUGAACGAGAAGCUGCUGUAGCUGCCAGAAGAAAAGAAAAGAAAGAUGAGGAAGAAAGGCUACAGAAAGAACGGGAAAUGAUUCAUAGAGCUCAGGAGAAAGAGAAAGUGAAGAAGUACCGGGCUGAGAAACAGCUCAAGUGGCAAGAACAGGAAGAGAAAGAUCUACAACAUCUGAAGGAGUUAAGAAAAUUAAUGGCUGAACAAGCAGUUAAAGACAGAGAAAGGGUAAAGUAUAGACAAGCAUUACUAGAAAGACAGUUGCUGGAGAAAAAGGAACUGGCACUUCAAGAAGCACGUGAAGAAGAGAAAAAAAAGAAACGCCUUGAAGCACUCCGACAACAGGUUGCCAUUGCUGCAAAAUCAGAUCCGGCUAGAGUAGUGGCUGAUACGGUGGCAUCUAAAGCUCGGAUGGGCAUUGGGACCAAAGAAGAGUUUGGUCUUCAGAAGCCACUGUUUAAGUUGCAUACGUACAGUGAACAGCAGGUCAUUUCUGACCCUCGACUUCGUGUUGAGCUAGCUCUUCGAGAAGCUGGACUUCAUAAAACACUUUAUGCAAAAGAGAUUUUACCAAAAAUUCCUCCACUGAAGCUUCCAAGAAGAGAUAUGGAAUCUACAGUCUUUAAAACGUAGAGCAUCUCUCUCAUAUCAAGAGCAGAGAAGCUUCAGGGGUAUUGUCUGACCUAUAAUGUGAAAACUUCAAAUAAAAUCCCCAUAGGCUGUGCCAUAGAGCUACUUGGUUCUCAGUGUGUGCAGUCAUUCAGAAAAGCAGUGUGCCUUGCUCGUGCAAUGCUAACCAUUUUACACCUGUCUUGGUGAAGAUUUUAUCGAGGCUGCUGUAGUGUAAUUCCCUGCGUCUGUUUCUGCUGGGGGAAGGACACCUGCACAUGAAAGACUCCUUACAGACAUUACAGGCCAGUCUGAUGUGUAGCAUCUUAAGCAGGAACUCUGUUUUUAAAUUGGCACCGUAAAUCCAAAAUAGCUUUGCAGAACAGUCGCAUUAGAUUAUAUUAUAUGUGAAUACACCCUGGAACUUUCAUUCCAGAUUUCUUGAGAAUUUGUUUCUUUUAAUUAUAAAAUCUUCAUGGCUGUGAAUGUUUGUAUAACUCCUUGUUUAUUGUAAGAAGAAACUUAACCUUUGUCUAUAUUUAGAAACCAAUUUGCUGCAUCAUAUUUACUGCAAAUCGGUCAUACAAUUUCAUAUUGCAGAUUAGUCUUUCAGUAUAAAUUAGAAAUUAGAAAUAACAUUUCAGAUCUGGAAUCUUUAUAUUUUGGAUCUGAAACUACUGAACAUGAUUCUGUUAAAUGAAAGGGAAAUUGUUGUCAUUUCUUUUUUUAACUGAUUAUGUUUUCAAGCCUUACAUAAGAUGAGUGUAAAAGGUAUGUGAACAAAUUACAAUUAGCAGUUUAACCAAAAAUUUCUAAGGACAAUGAAUGUCAGAAAGAUCUGAACAUCCACAGUUUCGUAUCUAAGUAAUGAUAGGAACUUCAUUAAUGUAGCAUUGUGAUGCCCUGUAGGUCUUAUUGGAUCACAUACCUACGCUGCCUUGUGAAACGCAGUAAUUCCUCACUGUUGAGAGGAGAGGCUGAGGAUCGGGGUGGAGGGAGAGCCCUGUCUGUGCUCCCCCAGCAAACACCCAGAGAGUGUUUUUACUGCUGGCCACUACAUGCUACCUCCUUACCCAGCACAGCCGAUGGGCCCUCUUCUCCUGACACCUCCACACCAAAUGUUUUGCAGUCAGAGACAAGCAAUGGUAACUUCUCACACCUCAAACCGAGAGUAACAUAGGCAAAACCUUGCAGGGUAAGCCUGACCUCAGCAGGUCCCUGAGAACCUGGGGAGGGAGGUUUGCUCCCACCGGGGUGCUCACGGGUGCAAAGCCAGAAGCAGACGGAGGCUCUAGGAAGGGUGCCUGGAAGGUGGGGGAAGAGCUGGCACAACAGACCUGCUGAGAGCAAGAAAGUUUAAAACCAGGAGCAACACAACCUGAGUAUUGAAGCUAAGUUCUUUUAACGGAGGAGAAAUGCUACAGAGUGUGCCCGAAAGCUGUGGGAGCUGUACAUCUUCUGGAUUUAGCUUUUCCGUAUUUGUGCUAAAAUUACAAUUCUGCAUAUAUUUGUGCAUUUUAUUUUGGUAUGUCAUUUGGGGUAACAUUAUUUUUAAAACACACUUGGCCAGCUUCACAAUUUGUUGGAUGUUCCUGCAGGGGAGACCAGCAUUGCUUUUCUUCUCCUUUGGAGACCAGAUUGGCUGCUAGACUGCUUCCCAGAAAUGGGAGAUUCCAAACUUAAGGCAGUUGAGGGGCUUUUUUCUUGCAUUUAAAAGCAGAUCUACAAGAUAGUUUCAGUGGUGCAAAAUCAUUUCAGAUUAUAGUUGUCAUCUUUUAUAAAUACUGAGACAUACAUGAAAAAAGAGUUUAAAUGAAGCAGCUGUUUGUUUUUGAAAUAAAGUGCACUGAGUUUUAGGCAGUGUCUUGCAAUUGUAUCCACGUCUGUUGCUUCUCAGGGAAUAGACUGAGUAGAAGUCUGCUUACACCGAUGAGGCUGUGUCAGCUCACUGCAGCCAUGAAUCGGGGCUCGUUCUUGAUACGGAGAGCCCAGAGUGAGGCUUUUUAGAGGGAUUUACGUGUAACAGUGGAGAAUGAAAAACAAGCAGGUCCCUGAAACUGGUUUCAGGUAUUUUGCUCAGUUGCUCAGCACACCCAGAGGCUGCUCUUGCCAGGAGAGCUCCUGCAGACCCCCUUGGCCACCCUCCCUGGCCUGGCCACGCUCCUCUCGUGUGCUCCUCCUGCGGGAGUGGGGUGGGUUUGUCUUUGUCUUCCUCUUCCUCACUUAGCACUGUUCAUGAGAGAUGAUCAAAACCCUUCAGGAAGUGAAGGUGCUUAAAAUGACAUUUGUUUUCGUGAUAAAUGCCAUCCACCCUUUUUUUAAAAAAAAUGAAAUUUUGCAAGUUAUUUUUGUGCAAAAAUGUAUGAAAUUACUCGUACAUGAAAACAGUAAUUUAGAAAAUGUUAAUGGGAAAUAGACUUCUCAACCAGCAUCCCUUGCAGCCCUACUUUGUUGGUUGUGACUUGGUAAGGGUAACCGUUCCGAGCUCAGCUAUCCUUUAUGCCAGUGUAUGAAGUGUAUGCAGUUUGAUGGGCAAUCUGAUUUUUUUAAAGCCUGGGAAAACCUUCUCUUUGAAAAUUAUUUGGUUUCAAGAUACACUACUUCUCUGUCAAUUCUGGUAGUCAGAAAAGUGGCUGAAAUGUGAAAUAGUGCCCAAAAGUCAAGUACCCAGCCGGCGCAAGAUCAGUUGGUGCAGUAUCCAGCUGCUGCAAAACAUUUAAAGUUUGUGCCAGCUUAUGUGCACAUAACCUUAUAUGCACAUUUACAUGUGUAUUUAUAGAAAAAGAAAAACAUAACUGAUUUGAGUUCUGACCCCUCUGAGAAUAGAGAGGGCUUUGCAGUAAUGGUCAAUAUUUUGAAAAGCAGUGCACCAAGGACACGCCUUCUGAGCGACUCAGCUGAAGCCCUUCAAGAGCAUCAGACUUAGAAUGGGCAGCAGAAAAAAACAUUUAAUGACAUAAUCAUUAAGCUAAAACCAAAAUGAGAAAAACAAGAGUCUCUUCACUGGACAAUGUUCUAGAAUAUAGAGAGCUCACUGUCUCCUGCAAAGUUGAUGACCAAGACUGUGUCGCUGUAAGCUAUGCAGAGCAAGCCUCGCCUAGUAUAUUUUAUAUAUAUAUAAUUUAUAUUAUAUAGAGAGAUAUAUGUUAUAUAUAUGAUUAUAUUAUUUUUUAUUUUUAUAAUUAUAUAUAAUAAAUAUAAUAAUUGAAUUAGGCAAAAUGUUAAAAGUAUCGUGUUUCUUUUCCCGGAGUGGCUUUAAAUUGUUUUCACAAAGGACUUCCGGUGCUUUGCAAUUGCUAUAGAAGUUUCUUGAGUGGACUUCGGACGUACAGAACUGAGUUGGAAUGUGUCCUGGUUUCAGGCUGGGAUGGAGUUCAUUUUCUUCUCCGUAGCUGGCGCAGCGCCGUGUUCUGGGUGUAGUACGAGUGUAACGUUGAUCACACAGCGGUGUUUUAGUUGUUGCUAAGUCAUGCUUACCCCAAGGCAAGGGCUUUUCAGUUUCCCAUGCUCUGCCAGUGAGGAGGGGCAGUAGAAGCCGGGAGGGAGCAGAGCCAGGACAGCUGACCCCGGCUAGCCCAAGAGCUAUUCCAUACCAUGGAGCAUCAUGCUCAGUACAGAGUCUGGGGGAGCUGACCGGGACUGCUGGUCGCUGCUGGGGGGCUGGCUGGGCAUCGCUCAGCAGGCGGGUGAGAAGCUGCAUUGUGCAUCACUUGGGGGGUUUCUUGGGCGUUGUUCCUCUCUCUGUUUUCUCCCUUUUCAUUACAAUUAGUAGUAG